GCCCCGGAGCGGCCCCGGUGCGGCGGCGGCGGCGGCGGCCCGGGCCCGCCAUGGCCAAGCAGUACGACGUGCUGUUCCGGUUGCUGCUGCUCGGGGACUCGGGCGUGGGCAAAACCUGCCUGCUCUGCCGGUUCACCGACAACCAGUUCCACCCCGCCCACAUCUCCACCAUCGGUGUCGACUUCAAGAUGAAGACCAUCGAGGUGGAUGGGAUCAAGGUGCGGAUACAGAUCUGGGACACAGCCGGCCAGGAGCGGUACCAGACCAUCACCAAGCAGUACUACCGGCGGGCUCAGGGCAUUUUCCUGGUGUACGACAUCAGCAGCGAGCGCUCCUACCAGCACAUCGUGAAGUGGGCCAGCGACGUGGAUGAGUAUGCACCCGAGGGCGUCCAGAAAAUCCUCAUCGGGAACAAGGCGGACGAGGAGCACAAGAGGCAAGUGCCCAAAGAGCAAGGGCUGCAGCUGGCCAGGGAAUACGGGAUGGAUUUCUACGAGACCAGUGCCUGCAGCAACCUCAACAUCAAGGAGUCCUUCACACGGCUGACGGAGCUGGUGCUGCAGGCGCACCGCAAGGAGCUGGACGAGCUGCGGGGGCUGCCCCGCGCCCCCACCCUGGCCCGGCUGGAGGAGGACGAGCAGCAGCCCCUGGGGAGCGAGGACACCCCCAAAACCUGCUGGUGUUGAAGGCUGAGACCCCCCGACCCCUCCUCCCCAGGCUGUGUCAGGGGGCACGGUAGGGGCAGGAUUGAGGCAGCCCCCACAGAGUGGGGAGCGACACAGGACACCCCCAGGGACAGGGAAUGUGGCAAGGGGGCCCCCCCAUCCUGGCACCUGUGCCCUCCUCGGCUCGCGGGUAGGGUGGGGGCUGUCCAGGCACUGUGUGCCCACCCUGUGCCACCCUGUGCCCGUGGGACCCCCGGUUUUACACAGUGGUUUGCAGAAUAAAGGUGAUGCUGGAGGGGUUGGUGGUCUGUGUGCUCCAGGGGGGCUGUGGGCAUGAAGCCAUGGCAGCAGGCACAGCCUGGGCAUGGACACUCGAGCGGUGAUCAAUAAUUGAGGGUGAUCUGGGGCUGCCAGCAUGGUGUCCCCUUUCCAGGCUGGGCACAGGGACAUGGGGCAUGAUGCCCAUGGCCACCACCACGGCCUACCAGGCUACCAGCUCAGCCCCACCUGAGGGAACAGGGUGGGAAAACUUGGUGGCGGCACUGGGAUGAGCCAGCAGCGGGGAUGGUGGUGUGCUGGGGUGGGUGGUUACUGGGAUGAUGGUGGGCACUAAGAUAGUGGAACCUACUGGGAUCUAUGUGGACACCAGGAUGCUGCCAGGCACUGGGAUGGGCACUACAGGACAAUGGUAGGCACCACAGCAGAUAGCACCAAGGGUGGAGCUGGUACUGGGACCAGUGGGCCCUAGGACUGGUGGGCACUGGGAUGGGCAGCACAGGAGGCCCCAGAGGUGAUGCCAUGGCAGCACCACGCAAGAAGGAGUACUGGGACACUUGUCCCCUCUUCCUCUGCC